UUUACAACGACACGGCCACGGCAACAGCAACAGCGACUGUGCAUCUCUCCAUAUCCCAACUACCCCUCUCGCCCCCCCCGCACACUCGCAGCCACAGUCGCCAGAUCCAAAGCAUAUCGCAUUCCCCUUGGUUGCGAUUGCUAUUCCCGAACUGCCGCCCCCCCAGCCUGCCCUGCCGCCACCCCGACAAGUUAGCUCCAACUACGGGUCACGCGACAUUUUGUGGUCUUUCCCCCUCCCUCGCCGCCGCCGCCACCUGCUAGCUCUUACUUUUUGGGCAAUAUAAACAUCUUUGUUUACGACUACUUGCGGUCUCUCUUCGUCUUCACCUCGUCACACAAUGGUCCUGACGCCCGACCACCGCCCGCUGGACGCCACGGCCCCGCUCUCGCCCCUCCUCCUCGCGGCCCACCCCCCGCAAUCGCCGGCGCAGAUCCCCAGCCUCUCGGGCAGCUUGCACUCGUCCACCCCAGUCCCCGCGCCUGGCCUGGUGCGCCGCAAGACGUCGACCGGCAGCUUCUCAAAGCUCUCAGAGUUCUGGCUUGACGGCACCCCCUCGGCCCCGUCGACGCCGUGGGAGGACCCAUCGGGCGUCGCGGGCGUCAAGCAUGUCGAUCUGUCCAUUGACGCCGGCGAGUGGCGCCACCCAGUGUUCAAGACCAAGGUCUUAUCGAUCCUCCGCCGCCUCCAUGUGCCCCUCUGGACUCACCCCGACCUCACUCCCUCGCGCAUCCACCUGCAAAAGGUGUCGGGCGCGCUCACCAACGCCGUCUUCUUCGUGUCGUUCAACCCGCGUCCGACGCCCACUUCCCCCUCCAUGUCGCCCCUCCUCACGCCCACCAUGCCUGCCACUGACCCGGACCACCCGCCGCCGAUCACGUCCGACAAGUUCCCCCCGACGCUCCUUCUGCGCGUGUACGGCCCGUCGUCCGGCCAGCUCAUCAACCGUGACCAGGAGCUGCGUAUCUUGCACCAGCUCUCGACGACGUACGGUCUCGGCCCGCGCGUGUACGGCACGUUCCUCAACGGCCGUGUCGAGCAGUUCUUCCCUUCGCGUGCUCUGCGCGCCGAGGAGCUUCGCGUUCCCGAGAUCGCGUCGAGCAUUGCCCGCCGCAUGCGCGAGCUGCACUCGGUGGACCUCAACCUGCUUGGCUACGAGGCUGGACGCGACGGCGAGCCGAUGGUCUGGCGCAACAUUCACGAGUGGAUCCCCAUGGCCGAGGAGACGCUCACGACGCUAUCGCAGGCCGGCGGCAAGUGGGAGGUCUGGGUCGAGAGCUUUGGCCUGCACAAGCUCCGCGAUGAGCUCGAGACGUACCGCCGUUUCGUGACCGAGCACGCCGACAAGGGCAAGGGCUUGGUGUUUGCGCACAACGACACGCAGUACGGAAACCUGCUCCUGCUCGAUGCCGAGCUCCCAGCUGGCGUCCCCGAGCAUCACAAGUACAUUGUCAUCGACUUUGAGUACGCGGCGCCAAACCACCGCGGAUACGACAUUGCCAACCACUUCCACGAGUGGCGCGCAAACUACCACCACGAGACGCUUUCCUGGUCGCUCAAGCCUCACUUCCCUUACCCGACCGAUGCCCAGCGCGAGGCGUGGUACCGCGCGUAUCUGUCUGUUGACCUGAGCCACGGCGAAGAAAUCAUCAACGACGCCGCGGGCAUCAAGCAGGACAAGGUGGAGCGCCUCGACCGCGAAGUGCGGCUUUGGAGCCCAGCGUGCUCUGCCUUCUGGUGUCUCUGGGGCGUUGUGCAGGCCGGCGAGCAGAUCAACAACAUUAUUGCCAACACGGAGGGCUAUGUGCCCGAGUUUGACUACCUCCAAUACGCCGCCGAGCGCCUGUCCGUCUUCCGCGAGCUCGCCACCGACCUCGGCGUCAAGUUUUAAACCACUUAAUUGUAUCAGUUCAACCAUAUAGAAGAAACUCGCUCCACGCCCAGCUUCAACGGCUGGGGCUGCUGCGUCGACAAAAAAAGCCUAGUCAUUGUACUUUUUCAGUUUGGCUGGAGUGUAUCAUAGGGCCGGCGCCGGGGGUGCUGGCGGUGCUGGCGCGCUGCAGGCUUGCAGCAUGCAUUGAUAACCUAG